AGCCGUAGCGGCUCCUGCAGCCGGGCUGCAGCUCGCAUCAUGGCGGGGGCCGGGGCGAGCGAGCGAGAGAAGCGGGCGGCGGCGGCGCGGCUGAAGGCGGCCCUGAGCGGCGGCGGCGGCGAGAGCGGGGCGGCGGCGGCGGAGCUGCAGGCGCUGCUGGAGCGGGCGCUGGCCCCGACCCCGGAGGUGGCGGCGGCAGGCGGCGGGGAGGAGGCGGCGGCGGCGGCGGGCGAGGCGCUGGAGUGGUGCCGCUGCCUGCUGGCGGGCGGGGAGCCGUGGGACAGCUUCGUGCAGGCGGUGCGGGCCUACGACCCGGCCACGCUGUGCGGCCUCGUGUGGACGGCCAACUUCGUGGCCUACCGCUGCCGGACGUGCGGCAUCUCGCCCUGCAUGAGCCUGUGCGCCGAGUGCUUCCACCAGGGCGAGCACGGCGGCCACGACUACAACAUGUUCCGGAGCCAGGCGGGGGGCGCCUGCGACUGCGGCGACAGCAACGUCAUGCGCGAGGCCGGGUUUUGUAAAAGACACCGGAUUAAGUCGAGUUCAAAUGUUCCAUGCGUCCCGAAAGACUUGUUGAUGAUGUCAGAACUAGUUCUUCCACAGUUUAUCUUUAGUCUUAUUCAGUACUUACGAGAAGGAUAUAAUGAACCUGCUGCUGAUCUGCCAUCAGAAAAAGACCUUCUCAAAACCCUUCAGAUUUUGGAGCCUCAUGUUUCUUUUCUAGAAGACUUGACCAAAAUGGGAGGAGCAAUGCGAUCAGUCCUUACUCAGGUUUUGACCAAUCAACAGUUCUACAAAGAUCUUAGCUCUGGUAUUGGAGAAAAUGCAUGUGCAAAGAAAAGUCAUGAAAAGUACCUCGUUGCUUUGAAAGGCUCUGGACUGGCAUUUCCUGAGGAUAAACUUGCAUGUGGUAUCCAGGAGCAAGCAGCUGGAACUAGCACUUUAGCAGUUCAAGGUUUAGCAGGUGCUACAGCGACAUCAGGACAAGGAGAUUCUUCAGAUGAGGAGGACCAGGAUGGUAGCCAAGGUGUGGGCAAGCGCAAGAGGGUGAAACUAAGCAGCACCACCAAAGAUCAGUCCAUUAUGGAUGUUUUGAAGCAUAAAUGUUUUCUAGAGGAAUUAUUAUUUUGGACGAUAAAAUAUGAAUUUCCACAGAAGAUGGUAACUUUCUUACUCAACAUGCUACCAGAUCAAGAUUAUAAGAUUGCUUUUACUAAAACUUUUGUUCAGCAUUAUGCAUUUAUUAUGAAAACACUGAAGAAAAGCCAUGAAUCAGACACAAUGUCAAACAGAAUUGUGCAUAUCAGUGUUCAGUUAUUCAGCAAUGAAGAAUUAGCACGUCAAGUGACAGAAGAAUGUCAGCUGCUGGAUAUUAUGGUCACUGUUCUUUUAUACAUGAUGGAAAGUUGCCUUAUUAAAAGCGAGUUGCAAGAUGAAGAAAACAGUUUGCAUGUAGUAGUCAACUGUGGGGAAGCACUACUGAAGAAUAAUACAUACUGGCCACUUGUUAGUGAUUUUAUUAAUAUACUUUCGCACCAGAGUGUAGCUAAGAAAUUCUUGGAAGAUCAUGGCCUGUUAGUAACGUGGAUGAAUUUUGUAUCAUUCUUUCAAGGUAUGAAUUUAAAUAAACGAGAACUAAAUGAGCAUGUGGAGUUUGAAUCACAGACCUACUAUGCUGCGUUUGCUGCUGAACUGGAAGCCUGUGCCCAGCCAAUGUGGGGACUCUUAUCUCAUUGCAAAGUUAGGGAGACACAAGAAUACACACGAAAUGUUGUUAGGUACUGCCUUGAGGCACUCCAAGACUGGUUUGAUGCCAUCAACUUUGUAGAUGAGCCAGCUCCCAACCAAGUUACUUUUCAUUUGCCACUACAUCGUUACUUUGCAAUGUUUUUGAGUAAGGCUGUUAAAUGCCAAGAAUUAGAUCUGGAUUCUAUUUUACCAGAUCAGGAGAUGCUGAUGAAACUAAUGAUUCAUCCACUUCAGAUUCAGGCAAGCCUUUCUGAAAUCCACAGUAACAUGUGGGUAAGGAAUGGUCUACAAAUCAAAGGACAAGCAAUGACUUAUGUGCAGUCUCAUUUUUGUAAUUCAAUGAUUGAUCCUGACAUCUACUUAUUACAGGUCUGUGCUUCUCGGCUUGACCCAGAUUACUUUAUUUCAUCAGUUUUUGAAAGAUUCAAGGUGGUGGAUCUGUUAACAAUGGCAUCACAACAUCAGAAUACAGUUCUUGAUUCAGAGCAUGAGAGAUCUAUGCUGGAAGGAGCCUUAACCUUUCUUGUCCUUCUUUUAAGUCUUCGCUUACAUUUAGGAAUGACUGAUGACGAGAUCCUCAGAGCAGAGAUGGUUGCCCAACUUUGUAUGAAUGACAGGACUCAUAGUUCAUUACUAGAUCUCAUUCCAGAAAACCCAAAUCCCAAAAGUGGCAUUAUUCCAGGAAGUUUAAGCUUUGAAUCAGUGUUGUCAGCUGUGGCUGAUUUUAAAGCUCCUGUUUUUGAACCUGGAGGCUCCAUGCAACAAGGAAUGUAUACUCCUAAAGCUGACGUUUGGGAUAAGGAGUUUGACCCAGUCAUGGUAAUUCUUCGAACAGUUUACCGAAGAGAUGUACAGUCUGCAAUGGACAGAUAUACAGCAUUUUUAAAACAGAGUGGAAAAUUCCCUGGAAAUCCUUGGCCUCCCUACAAGAAAAGAACACCAUUGCAUCCAGGCUAUCAGGGUCUCACAAAGCUUUUGCACUGUAAAACUCUGCACAUUGUAUUGUUCACACUUCUUUACAAGAUAUUGAUGGAUCAUCAAAAUUUGUCAGAACAUGUCCUUUGCAUGGUUUUGUAUUUGAUUGAGUUGGGACUGGAAAAUUCACCAGAACAGGAGACAGAUGAAGAGGACUCUGUGGCUGGACAGGAACGCUGCCAUGACAGUUGGUUUCCAGGUAGCCACUUGGUAACCAACAUGCGUCAUUUUAUUAACUAUGUUCGGGUGAGAGUACCAGAAACUGCUCCAGAAGUGAAGAGAGAGGCUCCUGCAAGUACCAGCUCUGAUGGCUUAGCUUCUUCCCAGAACUCAGGAACAGCUCAAGUAUUCAGCUUGGUUGCAGAACGUAGAAAGAAAUUUCAGGAAAUCAUCAAUCGCAAUAGUAGUGAAGCAAGUCAAGUAGUUCGAUCCAAGACAUCAAUGAAAUGGUCAGCACCUGGUGCAACACCACAACUAACUACAGCCAUUCUGGAAGUCAAAGAAAGCAUAUUGUCCCUGCUUAUUAAACUUCAUCACAAACUCUCAGGAAAACAAAACUCUUACUAUCCUCCAUGGCUGGAUGAUUUGGAGGUAUUAAUCCAACCAGAACUUCCAAAAUAUUCUCAUGGUGAUGGCAUGACAGCAGUAGAAAGGAUUUUAUUGAAAGCAGCAAUGCAAAGCAGGUUGAAUAAACGUAUUAUUGAAGACAUAUGCAGAAAGGUAACUCCUCCAGUACCACCAAAAAGGAUUAGUUCUGCUGAGAAGAAGACUUUGGACAAAGAGGAAAGACGACAAAAGGCCAGAGAGAGGCAACAGAAGUUGUUAGCUGAAUUUGCCUCAAGGCAGAAGAGCUUCAUGGAAACUGCCAUGGAUGUUGAAUCGCCCGAUGCUGAUAUUGCCAUGGAGAUAGCCACAUCAGAACAGCAUGUUUCUGAAGCAGUGUAUGAUUGUGUUAUUUGUGGACAGAGUGGCCCUUCUACUGAAGAUCGACCUACAGGGCUAGUUGUGCUAUUACAAGCAUCUUCCGUCUUGGGGCAAUGCCGCAACAGCACUGAGCCAAAGAAACUGCCAACCACUGAAGAGGAGCAGAUAUACCCUUGGGACACAUGUGCAACAGUAUACGAUGUGAGACUUACAACAUUACAGCGGUACUUUAAAGAUAGUUCCUGUUUGCAAGCAGUAUCAAUAGGCUGGGAAGGAGGUGUUUAUGUGCAAACUUGUGGUCAUACGUUACACAUAGAUUGUCAUAAGUCUUACAUGGAAUCAUUAAGAAAUGACCAGGUCCUCCAGGGCUUUUCAGUGGACAAAGGAGAAUUUACUUGUCCCCUCUGUAGGCAAUUUGCUAACAGUGUCCUGCCUUGUUAUCCUGGAAACAAUGGUGAAAGAAACAUUUGGCAAUGUCACAGUAACAAGAAUAUGCAAGAUCUUGUAAAAGAGGUGGAAGAGCUUCAAGAACAGCUGGGAACUUUCCCAUCUGAAACCAAUCUAAGCAAGGAAAUGGAAUCUGUGAUGAAAGAUAUAAAAAACACUACUCAGAAGAAAUAUACAGACUACAGCAAGACUCCUGGAUCACCAGACAAUGAUUUUCUUUUUAUGUAUUCUGUAGCUAGGACAAACCUGGAGCUUGAGCUGGUACAUCGAGGAGGCAAUUUAUGUUUAGGGGGAGCCAGUACAGCUGGGAAAAGAUCUUGUUUAAAUCAGCUUUUUCAUGUGUUGGCUAUGCAUAUGAGGCUCUACAGUAUUGACUCUGCAUACAAUCCAUGGAGAAAGUUAACACAGCUUCCUGACAGGAAUUCACAGAUGAGCACUGAAGAACUACCAGAGGUUCCAGUACUUUACAGAGAUGUCUCUUCUCUUUUGCUUAUCCAGAUUUUAACCAUGCCACAACCAUUGCACAAAGAACACUUCACCUGCAUUAUAAAGGUGCUGUUUACACUGUUGUAUACUCAAGCCCUGGCAGCACUUUCUAUUAAAUGUAGUGGUGAAGACAGGAUGGCAUGGAAGAACUCAGGAGCUCUUAAAAAGAAUACAUCAAACGGAGAAAAGUCUUGGGAAACAUUACUGGGUCAUGUGAUUAGCGAGCUCUCUAAAGGGAAGAUAUUUGUGGAAGGAGAAACUGACGAAUUACCCCUGAUUAGCCCUGGUGUUUGGUCUCCUCAGUCAGUAGAGUGUUACCUACAGCAGUUCUGUCUGCCUUUCCUCAGGAUCACAAGCCUUCUUCAACACCAUCUUUUUGGAGGGGAUUUGCCCAGUUGCCAGGAACAUGAAGAAUUUACUGUUCUUGCAAGUUGUCUGGGUCUGUUACCAUCUUUUCAGUCAUCACAUCAGUUUACUAGUGCCUCUUGCCUUGAUUGGCCAGUGCCAGCUUUUGACAUGAUAUCUCAGUGGUGCUUAGAAUUGGCUUCAUUUGCAGAUGGGCAUCCAGAACAAACUAAGGCUUUGCUUAUUCAGGAGCCUAAGUGGGACUUGCCGCGUCUCCUUCAGUUGCCUGAGAAUUAUAAUACCAUCUUCCAGUAUUAUCACAGAAAGACUUGUACUGUCUGUACUAAGGUCCCUAAAGAUCCUGCUGUCUGUUUAGUUUGUGGUACAUUUGUAUGCUUGAAAGGACUUUGCUGCAAACAACAGAGUUACUGUGAAUGUGUACUGCACUCUCAAAACUGUGGAGCUGGGACAGGAAUAUUUCUUCUGAUCAAUGCAUCUGUAAUCAUCAUUAUUCGAGGCCAUCGUUUUUGCCUUUGGGGUUCUGUUUAUCUAGAUGCACAUGGUGAAGAAGACAGAGAUCUUAGACGUGGUAAACCUCUCUACAUAUGCAAGGAAAGAUACAAAGUGCUUGAACAGCAAUGGGUGUCACAUACCUUUGAUCACAUCAAUAAAAGAUGGGGGCCACAUUACAAUGGAUUGUAAAUCAUCAUCAUCUCAUUGCCAUUAGCAUGAAUGAAUGCAACUUGACUGAAAGUGGCUUUAACUGAAUGGGGGUUUAGCUCUUUCACUGUGAGAGGAAAAAAUAGUAAAACUAUGCCAAUAUAGGGAGUCUUUCAGUAAUUAGGUGCUGUUGCUACCAAAUUAUUGGUUCAGUAAUUUUAAAAUUAAAAAUAUUUCUUAAGACUGGUGUGAAAAAUUCAUUCAGUAGUCUGCUUUUGUUUUCGUUAGUUUUUGAAGUCCACUAAUAACGAGAAGCACAAGAUAUACUUAAAAUUGUUUAGCAGUAACAGGUCCUGGGGAUGACCAUCAGGUUUUUAUUUUUCUCUAAGUGGAGCUGAGUUUGUUUAGUAAUUUCUGCUGAAACACUGUAUAUGUACCACAGCUACUAAACAUAAUGAACAGCUUUUUCUUUGCCUUUCUUGUGUUGAUUUGACAUUUUUGCUUGAUAUGCAUUUAAAUUAUAUAAGACUUGUAAAACAUGAUUUGUGAGAUUGUAUAGUAACACUUGGUCUAAAAAUAGAACUUUAAAAACCAUUUCACUUAUUGUGAGAAAUCUAUUGAAAGAGUUCAGGCAUUGCUGAAAACUGUAUGCAUUCUCAGGAAUUUCAUAGAUAUUCUCCAUAGAUAAGUGAAGUAGCUGUACAUUUAGGUAGCUUGCUGCUCUUAAUGUAAUCAAAUACAUAUUCUUAUUUUUUUCUUUCAGAAAUGAAACUUGCCACUUCACUUGAGUGAAUUGCUAGUGAUAACACAGAGGUUUUACUGUAUAUACAAAAUUUGUAAGCCAGCCAACAUGGUAGAUCCUAAUUACAAGCAUGCAUGCCUGCCUUUCAUUAUGAACCAGAUGUAUGUUUCAGAGUGAUUAGAUUUGGAAAUGUGCAGGCUAUCCAGCAAAUGAAACAUAAUUUUGGAUCUUUCCAUUCAGCUCAAGAGGUUCAUCCGUAUUGUAUUUGUUCAAAGUAAUCACUGCUCUUUUUGCUUGAUUUCCUAAAAAGAAAAAAAAAAAGCUCAAUAGAUGGCCCUGGUGAAUGAGCAAUGCAUCUGCAUCCUCAUUGGAAGAAUGCCAAAUAAACAAUUUGUUUAGAAGGCCUAAAAUCUAUGAGAAUAGGCAUGAUUGGGCUAAACUCCAUACUGUAAGUAGGUAGGAAAACCACAGAUAAAAUACCGGUUUGUAAUAUAUUACAAGUAAGCAUUUUUCACAGAUGACAGACAUUUCUUUCAUAUCAUACCCUCAAACAGUUGCUGGUAAUUCUGACUUUCAUUGCUUGUUCUGUAAAAUAUACUUUAUAUGUGUAAAAUAAAAACAUCUUAUGAUAAAACCAUGUACACAGACGAAAACAGGUCCCUGUUCAAGGAUCGCAAUGGAAACCAUUAUCUAGUGUAUAGUGGGGGAAGUAAUAGGACUGUACAGUAGUCAAGAAAAGUGAACAGGCAGAAGAAUACAAUUUUUAAAAAAAGUGAGCAAAGAGUUUUCCUUAAAUCUACAAUUAAAAGAUGUGAUAAUGGUUUGCUGUUUUUUAUAUUUACAUAUAUAUAUUUAAAAAAUACUAGACUAUGUCCUGUAAGAUUAGAAUUAUUCUGUUUCACCAACUGAAUAGCUAUGUCUUUUCCAAAAUGAUACUUUUUUUUAAUACUGCCUGUAAUAUUUUUGCAUUGCUCAUUAUGAAUAUCAGGCCAUUUUGUAAGCGUGGUUGAAGAGCAAAACAAUUCUUUACAUCUCCAGCAUAAUAACAUUGUUACAGGGCUCAUGAACUUGAGUAAUCUGUAGUUUGAAACUCUGAUGUUAUAUUUACAAAAGAUAAUGUAUCCAGAAAUUGAUUACUGUGUAUUAUUUAAAAUGGAAUGUUUUAUGGUUGUGCAUAUGGAUGUGAAGUAAAAUUAUUAGCCUUAACUCUAACAUCUGGGUAUCUCAUAGUGUUUAUUUUGAUAUUGGUGAACUAGUCACCAGUCAAUUUAAAAUGGAAAAAAAAAAAAAGCACUUGGUUGAAAAUUGUACUUGAAUAUACAUGCAUGCUGCUAAAUGAGAAUUUUGAUUCCCCCCAUAACUUUUAUAAUCCCACUUGAUUUAGCUUAUUUUGAAAACUAACAGGUCCAAGCUAGAGUGGUGGGUGGGUGUGUGUGUGUAUCAUAACUCAAAUGUUCUGAUGUGGUAUCCAGUAUGAAUGAUCAUUUAAGUACAGUACAUUACUGUAGAAUCUAAAUCUUUAUAACACAUCAGAAAAAUACAGAACUAGAAAUGCAGUAAUCAACAGUGUAAGAUAUGUUAAUAAAAGUCUGCUGUCA